AUGACCUCGUUAGGUCCAGACGACAAUGUCAAUCUAUCGUCUUUACCUCUUUCUUUCUUAGAGGCAUAUCCCAACCCAUCAUUCGUCUUGGUCAUACCUACAUCCAUCAAAUCGAAACCUAGACCUAAGUUGAUAUCCAGAGAUACGGAUAUCACAAUAAGAAGUUAUCUUGAUAAUGGUGUAUCACCGUUAGGGGGACCUGCUGCAGAUUAUCUUUCAGUCGGAUCUGAAUCUGAAUCUGAAUCUGCAUCUGCAUCUGCAUCUGAACGACCUUCGCUUCAACCUUUCCCAUCCAAUCCAGUGGUAUGGGGAAACGAAAAAUGGUAUCGAUUGACACAAGGUAGAUCAAUAGGUGAUUGCGUAGAUAUGGACGUACAAACCAAUUUUCAAGCUUGGAUAGAAGGUGAAGAUUCCAUCCAUUCAAACCAAAACCAAACCCAAACCCAAAACCAAACCCAAACCCAAAACCAAACCCAAAACCAACAAGAUCAUCAAAAUCGUAUAAUAGAUGGUGAAGAAACUGGAUUUAAACUUGAUAUAAGGUGGCCAAAUGGAAUAACACUAUAUUUGACAAAAACUUUAUUACCUUUAUCACCACCUUCAUUCACCCAUUCUUUUUGUGUGAUAACAUCUCAGAAACCCAUAUCUCCAUCUUCAUCUCCAUCCGCAUCCGCAAAAUGGAGGAGUACAUUGACUUCACCCGGUGACAAAACCCCUUCAUCACCAAAAGCAACAAGCCAGAAAUCCUCCACUUCCUUGCCAACGGAUUAUAAAGCGAUCAAUGAUCAAACCCGGUUCGAGUAUUCGAAAACAAAAUUACAGGAUCAUCGAAACUCUAACAUUUCCAUGACAACUUCAGAAGGUAGAUCAUCAUCCAUCUCCUCAUCUUCACUAUCAGAUCCUCGACCAUCAUACUCGACUGGCGUAAGAACUUCUGUGGAUAAUGAUUCAACAACUUCGCCCGCUUUGAGUUCGCCUUCGAACCAUACCGGAAAGUCAUCUUAUUUCGGUAGUAACUCGUCUUCGAAUCGUGAGAGUCGAGAUGAAGGAAAACGGAAUAGAUCGAACAGGAGAAGAUCACCUCAAGGUAGAACGAUGCGUCCAAGAGAGGCCGAGCAAAUCUGGCAGAUGGUAGAAGAAAUCGAUUGGUCAAAAACAGCUAUAGGCGAUAGAUCCCUCUGGAAAGAUGCUUUGGAUCCCUUACUAUCAGUCACCUUCGAAUCACGUACUGCAGAUGCCGUUUGGCUGGGCCCAGAUCUUCAACUGUUUUAUAACAAAGAAUAUAGUCUGCUGCUUGAUCAUCCUAAAUCUUUUGGUGCUCCAGCUAGGGAAGUAUGGGCAAAUAUAUGGCCAACCAUUGGACCUGGUUUCGAGAAAUGUCUAUUGGGUACACCUUACUAUAGAGAUGAUGACGCGGUAUUCUUCAAACGAUAUGGCAACAAUAUUCUCAUGGAGCAUUAUCACAGUUAUAGAUGUGUACCUAUCAGAGGAAAAGACGGUUCAGUCCUCGGUUUGUUCAAUCAGUCUACCGAAACGACGGAGAGAGUGUUACAGGAUAGAAGAUUAGCUUCGACUAGGCUACUCACUGAAAGAAUGGCCAUCAACCGUACCAUGGAUGAGUACUUUGACUCCAUCAUUGAAGUAUUAGAAGAGAACCCUUCGGACGCACCGUUCAUCAUGUGUUAUCAGAUUCAACAGGCAAACUCGAAUACGCUGUCUGGUCAGGUUCAGGUCGACGCAACGUUGAAAAGUAGUAUCGGUGUACCUGAAAACCAUCCACACGCUCCUCAAACCUUUUCAUUCUCCCUUCCAACUCCGAGAACGAGAUCGAAUUUUGGUCUGAACGCCGAUCGAAUGUCGUCUCCCACGCUUUCCGCCAUUUCAGCUAUAUCAUCUGGUAGUGGAAGAGUCUGUCAUGUCACUUCAGAUGGCGAUCAUUGGCCUAUCUAUAAAGCCCUUACCACUCGACAAUGCGUCAUUGUGGAUGAUUGUACUCAGCUCAUCAAAGGCUGCUCGAUCCGUCAAUGGGAUGAAUUACCUUUCGCCGCCAUAGUCAUCCCCGUGUGCAGCGAAGGAUCAAUCGACAUUCCUGAUGCUGUAUUGAUACUGGGUCUGAACGUUCGUCGACCUUUCGAUACGGAAUAUGAUAACUGGGUACAUGCGAUUCGCUCACAACUUGUGGUCUCGCUGGCAUCUGUAAGAGCGGUGGAAGCGGAACAAAGGAUUGUCGAUGAUAACGCAAGAAUGGAAAGAGCGAAAGCUGCAUGGUUCAGAGGUGCAGCUCAUGAUCUUAGAAGUCCUUUGACUCUUAUCGCAGGUCCACUUGCCGACGUACUGGCAGACCAUCCUACACCGAGUCAACGUCAAUCUCUCACAACGGCUCAGAGGAAUGUCGAUCGUCUGAUGCGUUUGGUCAAUGCGCUCAUGGAUUUCUCGCGGUUGGAAGCGGGUCGUUUGGAGGGCAGAUUCUUACCUACCGAUCUGGGAGCAUUCAUUGCGGAAUUGGCUGCAUUGUUUCGACCUGCCGUGGAAAGGCUCGGAAUCACUUAUACUGUCGAUAUCGAACCCACUGAUCGACUCGUGUAUAUCGAUGGCACGUUGUUCGAGACUGUUAUGGCCAAUAUCAUCAGUAAUGCCCUCAAAUAUACGGAAAAAGGAAGUAUCACCGUUCGACUUAGAUAUUCCGAUCAUGCAGAGAUAUCCGUCAUCGACACGGGUGUUGGCAUACCGGAAGAUGAAAUACCUAUGGUCACAGAAUGGUAUCACCGGGCGACUACAGCUCUACAUGCCGGUACUCAAGGUUCUGGUUUAGGCUUAGCACUGGCUAAAGAAUUGCUGCGAUUGCAUCAAGGUGAUCUUGUUGUGACCUCUCAAUGUGCUAGUCUGUUUGGCGGCGCUCACGGAUCGACCUUCACCGCUCGGGUUCCGCUGUCAUUCAAACCAGAAGCGUCAAUGAACUCGGACGAGCCUGGCACCAUUGGAAAGUACGGAGCGGUAGUCGCAGACGAAGCGAUGCGAUGGACCAAGGUGGAUGCAGAUACUGCGUCUAGUGAUGGCGCCGCGACUGACUCAGCAGUAGGCUCAGGAUCUAAAUAUUCAGAAGGAUUUAUUUUCGAUAAAUCCGAUACUAUUCUUUUGGUCGAAGAUAAUCUAGAUAUGCGUCACUAUAUUCGACAGAUCUUUUCCCCUUAUUGCAAGGUCAUCGAAGCUUCCAAUGGUCAACAAGCCUUGGAAAUGGCUGUGGAGCAUCCGCCCAAUUUGAUCUUGUCCGACGUGCUGAUGCCGAAAAUGAACGGACUCGAAUUGCUUCAAGAAAUUCGAUCUCAUCCAGUCACAAAGAUAAUACCGAUGGUCUUACUUUCUGCCGUAGCGGGCGACGAAUCAAGGGUUGAAGCUCUGAUAAUGGGAGCGGAGGAUUACUUGGCUAAACCAUUCAAACCGAAAGAGUUGGUUGCUAGGGUUCACUUGCACCUUCAAGUUGGAAAGAAACGUGCUCAUCUCGAAAAAUCAUAUGUUGAAAGGGAGACUGAAAUUGCGGUUCUGUCUGAAUAUUGUCCUUCAGGUAUCAUGAGAGCAGAUAGUGAGACUGGACUUUUAACCUACGCCAAUAAAGCUUGGAAAGAUCAAGUCGACCUGGGUGAUAAUGACAUCAAUCGGUGGACUGAACAUGUCGAUGACGAGACCCGUGAAAGGCUUUUAACAGAAUGGAUGGGAUAUAUCAAAGGAAACGAAAAGGAGUUCCGGGUAAAUUGGAAGUACCUCUCUGGCAAAACAAUGUCGGGUAUAUUCAUCAAAUUAGAUCAAAUACAACCUGGAAUGACAGGAAUAUUAGGUUGUACGACUGAUAUAUCACACGAAGAGCAAAGAUUGAUUGAAGCGGAACAAAGAAGACAGGAAGCUGAAGAAUCAAAACAUCAACAAGAAUUAUUGAUUGAUCUGACGUCACAUGAGAUUAGAACUCCCGUUUCAGCGAUUUUACAAUGUUCAAGUCUUGUUAAGGAGAAUUUGAUGUCUUUGAAAGAUCAAUUAAGAGGUUCUGGUGAAUUAGGUUUCAAACCUAGUCCAGAAUUAUUAGAUGAUUUGGAAGAAGACGUUGAAGCUUUAGAGAGUAUCUAUCAGUGCGGAUUGGUCCAAGAACGAAUAGCAGGAGACGUUCUAUCUCUAGCUAGAAUCCAGCUGGACAUGCUAUCCUUAUAUGAUAUCGAAGUUGAUCUACGUAAAGAAGCAAGAAAGGUUUCAUCUGUUUUCGCUUCAGAAGCUAAAAUGAAGAAAAUCGAUCUCGUACUCCAAUUUGGCGAAACAUUGGAAUUGGGUAAAGUCCUGUCAAUUAAAACGGAUCCAGUCAGAUUAGGUCAAGUCGUAACGAAUUUAAUAAGUAAUGCCAUUAGAUUUACUUUUGCCAGUGAUUUCCGAAGGAUCACCGUGAAAUAUGAUAUAUCGUUCACACCACCUGCAGAUGAUACGUGUGCUUUACCGUCCCAACUUGGAAUACCGAAGAAUCUACCUGCAAAUGAAGAUACUCCCAUCUGGUUAUUCGUCAGUGUGACUGAUACAGGUCCAGGUAUGGGUCCAAAAGAAUUAGCUGUGUUGUUUAAACGAUUCGCUCAAGGAAAUAAAAUGAUUCACACCAAAUAUGGUGGAAGUGGAUUGGGUUUGUUCAUUUGUAGAAAAAUAACAGAACUUCUUGGUGGAAGAAUUGAAGUUCUGAGUCAACUGGGUGAAGGAAGUGUAUUCCGAUUCUUCAUCAAGACUCGGACUGUCGCGCCUCCAUCUGCACUCGCAUCAUACAUCGAAGCUGCUUCACUUGGAGCUCUGAGAUCCCCUAAUAACGUAACACCAAGUCCAAGUCCAAGUCCAAGUCCAAGUCUGAUGAGUCCAUCACUUUCAAGUACAUCGGACGUCACCUCUUCAAGUCAAUCAACUCCUCCUCCAACACCAAUGGAAGGUGAUCCAGAACAUAUCUUGAUUGUCGAAGAUAAUAUAAUCAAUCAAACUGUGUUGAAAAGACAAAUCGUCAAAGCUGGGCUAACAUGUGAUGUCGCGAAUAACGGAUUAGAAGCACUCAAUCUGAUCAGGGAGUCACAACGACAAUCAAAGAGAGGAGGAGAUAAGCAACGUAAAAAGAAAUACGAUGUUGUAUUAAUGGAUCUAGAAAUGCCAGUCAUGGAUGGUCUAACAGCUAUAAAAGAACUCAGAUCCGCUGAAGCUUCGGGUACUUUGGAUAGAAAUAUGGUCAUUGCUUUAACGGGUAAUGCUAGACAAGGUCAAAUCGACCAAGCCAUAGCUGCAGGAAUGGAUGAUGUCGUUAUCAAACCAUAUGUCUUGAAGAAUCUCUUGAUCAAAAUCAGAGCUGUUAAUGCUAAAAGAGCAGAAUUGCAAGCCACUCUUCAAUCUUGA